AUGGAGUUCACGGAUGAGAUUGAGAAGGUUCUUGUCAAUCUUCCUGGAUUGCUGAACUCAAUACUUCCACUCUUACUGGUGCUAGAAGAGGCAAUUCCAAAGAUCUUGGCAAAAGAAAUCAUCUCCCCCAUUGAGUCCUUGAUCUCGGCUCUGCCAUCCAUCAUUGAUGCUAUUGCGCCUCUGCUGAAAGGAAGCACUAUAAAGUCUUUAGUGAAUAUCAUAACGGACCUCUUCACAUCACAGUUCCUCUUAGAUUUUGGAAAGAUCGUGACUGUCAUUCCAUCACCUUUACACGAUAUCGUUCCAAUCUUGGCACCAGAUUUCAUCAAAGCCGUUGAAAACCUCCUAACAACUAUUAUAACACCCAAGCUGAUCAAUAGCUUUACAGACCUGAUCCAGGUAGUGGUUCCAGUUCUGGGAGAUUCAAUCCCAAUCAUUGGAAGCAAUGACGUAAAAAGUCUUAUUGCUGGACUGCCCAAGAUCAUCAACGGAAUUUUUUCAUUGGAGACGUGGGAACAGUCCUCAAUUCUAUCCCACCACUGCUUCACAGUCUGGUGCCGGUCUUUGGUACAGAAGCUCAUCAAUGACGUGACAGAUAUCCUGACACCCGAAUUUUUGACGGAUAUUGGGGAUGUAAUUGCAAAAAUUCCCUCUUUGAUAUCUGCCGCCCUCCCAAUUUUCACUGGUGGUGUUCUUGCUACUCUUGUUCAGAACCUUGUGCCCUUGGUAAAGGCUGUUGCUGCGAGCUUAUCUUAUCCACCUCGCCUCCUGUUGGAGCCGGGGAAUAGUGGAGCCGCCGUGAUCCCGGCUAGAAUCACUCAUUGA